AUGGCCCGCCUCAAUAAGCCUCUGUCGACCCGCCCAACAGCUCGGAGAAAAGAUCCUGCUUGUGGUACAUGCCGCAAGAAAUGUCGGAAAUGCGAUCGCAAACGACCCAUCUGCGAUAGAUGUCGCACCAAGGGACUUCAGUGCGAGGGCUAUCCCCCGAAAUUCCAAUUUCAAAACAGCUUGACAGUAGUCUCUGACGAAUCAGAGGACAAUACAAAUAUUCAGGACUCUAUCAAAGUCCGACAAUCGCCUCAAGAGUCUUUGCUCUCGGCCGAGUCACCUGAUGCAAACUUCCCAAUUUUCGAUCCUCAGCAGGCGCUUCUUGAUGUUUCGGAUACUUCAUUCCUUUCGCCAAUUUUUGCUUUGACUCCUGUUGAAUCGCCUCCUCAGUUGUCGAUUGCGCAAGUUGACUCUGAUCCGAUAGCGGCCAGUGAUAUUGAUCUCGACAGCGAUAUUAUUGCGAACCAGUAUAUACUCUACUACUUUGAUCAGAUACUAAGCGAGCGCCUGGCAAUACAUGUAACCGGCUUGACCAAUCCGUUCCGGGAACAUGUUCUUCCGCUUGCGCAUAAGCACCAGGGUAUCCUUCACGCUUUACUUGGACUCGCAUUAUGCCAUAUGUACAACACUGGAAACUGCAAUGAUCAAGAUUUAAUUACCGCUUCUCUCGGAUAUAGACUGUCUGCUAUAAGAUCGGUUGCGGCUUUGUUGCUUCAAGAAGAAACGUCUACACUUACACGUAUCGAGGAAGAAUAUCUCCUGGCUAUGGUACUAUUGCUAGUACUGCACGAUAUCUGCGAAUCUGGUGUCUCUACUCAUGGAGCUCAUCUUACUGGGAUAUCGUUCCUCUGUAAACGAAUGGCGGGUGACGACGAUAUCUCGACACGUUCUAAGGCAGGAAUAUUUCUCAUCUCCGCGCUAUCUUGGCUUGACAUGCUCCGAGGUUUCAGUGGUGCCGAAAAACUCUCCUAUUCUGAAGACGUAAGAGAAUGUGUACGAGAUCAUGGAAGUCUUAGUCUCCACACAUUAGUUGGCUGCCCGCCAGUUAUCUUCUUCAAGAUAGGUCAAGUUCUCGAAGGUGGUAAAUCAUAUCUUGCGGGCGACCUUACACUUCAGCAAUUUGAGAAAUUGCUUGAUAGCGCUGAGAAGUUUCUAAGAGGCUGGGAUCCUGAACAAGCCGUUUAUCCCACUGCGCAUCGAGAAUGGCGACAGCUGGCCGAGGCAUAUCGCCAUGCCUGCCUCCUUCGAAUCAUGCGUUUUCCUGAUACCUUCGCAGUUUCGUGCGAUGAUUCCCGAAUCAAGGAAUCUGUCACGACAAUUCUCGAUAUCUGUGCCGUCAUGCCCUCAGACAGCGUCUUUUACAAACGUCUCCUCUUUCCACUCUUCCUGGCUGGCGCCGACACUUGUUCACCGCAUCAAAUGCACUAUGCCAGUCUAUGUAUUGACAACAUUAAACGUUCUACGGGCUUUCAGCACCCAGCAAUGAUGGAAGUUCUUAGCAAAGUAUGGGAGGGGCGGCGGACGAAUCCCCAUGGCUGGUCCAAUGUUCCUUGGAUGGAAUACACUUGUUCUGAGCUUUUGCAGUCACAGCAUGCUUACCUAUUUUUCUAA